CCUGCCCCGUCCUGCUCCCGUGGACGGGUUUGGCCGUGCCCGAUCCUUCACCUCCUACCUCACCCAACCCCAAGUGUCCCGACAUCGUUGCUCUCCGCGCCUUCUCGCCAGCUCUCGAGCUCUCUCUGAUCGCUGCAAGGGGGCCGCCCAAUCCCAACAAUGGCUGCGAGCCUUAGGUCGAGACGGCCGUGGCUGGCCGUCCUGCUCGUUGUCGUCCUCUGCCUUGUCGCCACACCCGCAGAGGCGUCCCUUGGCGACAGGCUGCCAGAGUUCCGCGAGUGUGUCAAUGUUUGCGAACGCGACAACUGCAAUUCGAAGACCAACCCGAGCAAGAUUCCCCUCCACCGCCGCCUCCUUCUCUGGACGUGCCCCCAAGAAUGCGACUACGCCUGCCAACACAUCAUCACCGCGCACCGCGUGGGCCGCAACGAGCCGAUCACCCAGUUCCACGGCAAAUGGCCCUUUAACCGCAUGCUCGGCAUGCAGGAGCCCUUCAGCGUGCUCUUCAGCCUGGGCAACCUGGCCGCCCACCAGCAAGGGCUCGCCAAGAUCCGCAGGCAUGUGCCCAAGACGUACCCGCUGCGGCCCUUCUACGUGCUCUUUGCUUGGUUCGGCACGGCGUCCUGGGUCUUCAGCGCCAUCUUCCACACGCGCGACUUUGUCUCCACCGAGCAGCUCGACUACUUUGCCGCCGGCGCCAGCGUGCUGUACGGCCUGUACUACGCCCUCGUCCGCGUGGCCCGCCUCGACCAGAGCCCCAGGCUGCUCGGGCUGUGGACGCUCCUGUGCGCGGCCCUGUACGCCGCGCACGUCUCGUACCUCAAGUUCUGGCGCUGGGACUACACGUACAACAUGGCCGCCAACGUCGCCGUCGGGCUCGUCCACAACCUGCUCUGGUACGGCUUCUGCGUCGCCAAGUGGCGCGAGACGCACGCCUGGUGGUCCGUCUGGCCGGGCCUCAUCGUCAGUUGGAUCAUGCUCGUCAUGGGCCUCGAGCUGCUCGACUUCCCGCCCCUCGCGGGCGCCUUUGACGCUCACAGCUUGUGGCAUCUCGGCACCAUUCCUCCCUGCAUCAUGUGGUACAACUUCAUGAUCAGAGACACCGAGGACGAUAUAGCCAAGUCAAAGGUCGCCAAGCCCAAGGCGUGAUCCCUCCCUCACUCGGUGGGCGGGCAAACGGCGUUUGCGGCAGCGACGGGUGGGAAGCUGCCACGCCGUGACAUAUUGACACCGCAUCUCUGCCCACAACACUAUCCUACAGUACAAUGUAUCACUACCACCCGCUGGCAUUUUCAGGAGUUUGGGAUCGGGUCGCAUCAGCUCCGGCAAGAAGAAGACCGGGAGCACGGGGACACAGGGAAAAAGCCAACAAUGGCAUAUUCACUUUAU